AUGGUAGACAGAGACCCAGGCACACCCACCUGGAAGUUCACACAAUGCUUUGGUGAUAAAGGUGAUGUAGAAGAUAUCACAGAAGCGGACAUCAUCUCGACCGUUGAAUUCGACCACACCGGUAAUUAUUUGGCGACGGGAGACAAGGGCGGACGAGUGGUGCUGUUCGAACGAAACGAGACGAAAAAAACCUGCGAGUAUAAGUUCCAUACCGAGUUUCAGUCGCAUGAGCCGGAAUUCGACUAUCUCAAAUCUUUAGAGAUCGAAGAGAAAAUCAACAAGAUAAAAUGGUGUCGACGACAGAAUGCAUCACACUUUCUCCUCUCAACGAACGACAAGACCAUAAAGCUGUGGAAGGUGUUUGACAAAUCGUUGAAAGUGGUCGCCGAAAACAAUCUAUCCAAUGAGAUGACUCCUGCCGGCGCCGUGGGUGGUGGCAUCCCGCGAGCUCCCCGGGGCACAUUCAAGGAUGCGUCGGCGCUCAAGCUACCGCGAUUGACACACCACGACACCGUUGUUGCUGCUGUCCCGCGGAGAACGUACGCCAAUGCCCACGCGUAUCAUAUAAAUAGCAUCUCUGUGAACAGUGAUGGAGAGACCUUUAUCAGCAGUGACGAUCUUCGGGUCAACCUGUGGAAUCUCAAUAUCCAAGACCAGAGCUUCAACAUCGUGGAUAUCAAGCCAGCCAACAUGGAGGAGCUGACUGAAGUGAUUACUGCGGCCGAAUUCCACCCCGUCAGCUGUAACUGGUUUAUGUAUGCCAGCUCCAAGGGAACUAUCAAGCUUGCCGAUAUGCGGCAACGCGCUCUUUGUGAUGAUCAUGCUAAGCUAUUCGAACAAGAAGAGGAUGCUUCCUCACGGUCCUUCUUUUCCGAGAUCAUCUCCUCCAUCUCCGAUGUUCGAUUCUCACAUGACGGGCGAUACAUCGUGUCAAGGGACUAUCUGACAGUGAAGAUUUGGGACGUCAAUAUGGAACGUCAACCCGUUAAGACGAUCCCUAUCCACGAACACCUGCGGCCACGUCUCUGUGAUACGUACGAAAACGAUAGCAUCUUUGACAAGUUCGAGGUGGUCUUCUCCGGUGAUGCGGAGAACGUCAUGACUGGUAGCUAUAACAACAACUUCAUGAUCUACCCGACAGACGAGCAGAAGGAGACGGAGAUUGUACUCCAGGCGGACAAGUCGGCCUUCAAGGCGAAGAAGGUCGGCGUACCGACGCCGAUGAACAAGGGCAACGGAAAGAAGGCUGGCUCGCGGUCUGGCAGCCCUGCCGGCCCCGGCAGCCGAAUGAAGAAGGAGACCGACGCCGACCAGAUCGACUUCAACAAGAAGAUUCUGCAUAUGAGCUGGCAUCCCUUCGAGGACAGUAUUGCCAUUGCGGCUACAAACAACGUAGGUCUCUCCUUGGACUUUGGUCCCUUCUGGCUAUCAAUUUUACCCCUGGGAAACUAA